AUGUCCAACUUGCCCAUGGAGCCGGAGUUCGAGCAGGCCUAUAAAGAGCUUGCCUGGACGCUCGAGAACUCGACCAUCUUCCAAAAGCAUCCGGAAUACAGGAAGGCAUUGCUUGUUGCCUCUAUUCCAGAGCGAAUAAUCCAGUUCCGUGUCACAUGGGAAGAUGACAAGGGCCAGCUGCAAGUCAACCGGGGCUACCGAGUGCAGUUCAACUCGGCCUUGGGUCCGUACAAGGGCGGCCUGCGAUUUCAUCCAACAGUGAACUUGUCCAUCUUGAAAUUCCUGGGUUUCGAGCAGAUCUUCAAGAAUGCUCUUACAGGCCUGAACAUGGGCGGUGGCAAAGGAGGCGCCGACUUCGAUCCAAAGGGAAAAUCAGACAACGAGAUUCGGAAGUUCUGCAGUGCUUUCAUGAUGGAGCUAAGCAAGCACAUUGGCGCUGACGUUGAUGUGCCUGCUGGUGAUAUCGGAGUUGGCGGUCGUGAGAUCGGGUUCCUCUUCGGCGCAUACAAAAGACAGAGACACAUCUGGGAAGGUGUGCUGACCGGAAAGGGAAACAGCUGGGGAGGAAGCUUGAUCCGACCAGAGGCAACUGGAUACGGCCUUGUUUAUUAUGUCCAGCAUAUGAUCAAGCACGCCACGAAUGGCAUGGAAAGCUUCGCAGGCAAACGAGUAACUAUAUCUGGAUCCGGAAACGUAGCUCAAUAUGCCGCCCUCAAGGUCAUCGAGUUUGGCGGCACAGUCGUCUCUCUUAGCGACAGCAAGGGCAGUUUUAUAGUCCGGGAUGGUGAGAAUUCCUCCAUCACACCGGAGGAGAUCCGCUUGAUCAUGGCACUCAAGGACGAGAGGAAGCCGCUAUCCGGAAUCGCCAGCCAUGAGGCUUUUGCCAACCGAUGCGAGUACAUCGAGGGUGCAAGACCAUGGGUUCACGUUGGCAAGGUGGAUGUUGUGCUUCCAUGCGCGACUCAAAACGAAAUCUCAGGUGAAGAGGCCAAAGUGCUUGUUGCCAACGGUGCACGCUUUAUCGCCGAAGGAUCUAACAUGGGCUGCACGUUGGACGCCAUCGAACACUUCGAGGCGCACAGAAAUGAGCAUAAGCGUGAUCAGGGCGCAGUGUGGUACGCGCCCGGAAAAGCAGCAAAUGCGGGAGGAGUGGCAGUGAGCGGAUUGGAGAUGGCUCAGAACUCCCAGAGACUGACAUGGAGCGCAGAGGAAGUGGACGGGAAGUUGCAGGCAAUCAUGAAGGAAUGUUUUGAGACUGGAUUACGGACAGCAAAGGAGUACACGGAGGUGGAUGAUGACAAGCUUCCUUCACUGGUAGCAGGAAGCAACAUUGCCGGUUUCAUCAAAGUAUCUGAAGCCAUGCGAGACCACGGUGAUUGGUUCUGA